GUGACGGCCUGACGGGUAACGCGGAGUGUUUGCGAUUUCUUUGACGAACGUGAUAGCAUUGCCGCGGAUAUAACCACGUGAAUUUUCGUCCCAUUAAUAAGAUAUCGUAAAAUAUGCCGUCGCAAGUGAACGUAGUGCCAAAGGAAAAGCUCGAGACCCCGUCGAGUGGGAUUAACGCCGUUCUGUUGGGACCACCCGGUAGCGGCAAGGGCACUCAGGCUCCGCUAUUCAAAGACAGAUACUGUGUAUGUCACCUAUCCACAGGUGAUAUGCUGAGAGCUGAGGUCAGUUCUGGUUCUGCCCUCGGAGCUCAGAUUAAAAAAGUAAUGGACGAAGGCAAAUUGGUCAGCGAUAACUUGGUGGUUAGCAUGAUCGAGAACAAUUUAGAGAAGCCUGAAUGCAAACGUGGUUUUUUAUUGGAUGGCUUUCCAAGGAGUGUACCUCAAGCGGAGAAGCUUGACGAAAUGCUCAAUAAGAGGAAAACGAAGCUUGACGCUGUGAUUGAAUUUGGUAUUGAGGACAAAUUAUUGAUCAGAAGAAUCACAGGUAGACUAAUACAUCCGGCCAGUGGAAGAUCUUACCACGAGGAGUUUGCUCCUCCCAAAAUUCCCAUGAAGGACGACGUCACCGGGGAACCUUUGAUCAAACGAUCUGAUGACAACGAGGAAGCUCUGAAAAAACGAUUGGCUACAUAUCAUACGCAAACUGCACCUCUCGUCGAUUACUACGCUCUACAAGGGAUCCAUUACUACAUUAAUGCCGCCCAGUCUGCUGAAAAAGUCUUUAAGGAUAUCGACCAGAUCUUUCUGAAAUCCACCAAGAAGAAGGGCUUCUUCAGCAGAUUUUUCUAGAACACUGCCAACUUUUAAAAAUGUUCGUUCUUCUUAAGGAUUGGUUUUUGAAAGAAACAGAGAUAAUUGUAAACAUGUUAAAAUAGCAUUUCAAGAGCGUCUUCAUUAUGGUCUUCAUAUAAUCUCAGUAACAUGAACAUUACGUUUACAAGGAUCACUGCAAAAGAUACGUUUCAUGGCAAUAAAAUGAAGAUAUGUAGCAGUAUUUUAUAGGCAGAGACACCAUAUUCUAGAUAGGUGCUACAAUCAUGGAUCAAAUGCACACGAUCUGUUGAUGAUCUAAGAAUGUAAAAUAUUAUAACGCUUAUUACAUUAGCUCAGUAAAAAUCCAGAUACAUUUGUACAUAGUCGUUAA